UGGAAUGCCUUUGUUUGUAUUGUCGACGGUAUUUAAUUUAACAGAACAGUCUUGAUCUUAUUAAGUCGCGUUAUAACUCAGUUGAAUCGUGCCAUAUUCUCGGAUACUGCACUUAGAAACUCCGCGAUAUCUUCAUUUUAAGUCAUUUUAGGUCAGUUUAAUUCGCAGAACAAUGGCGUUUGGAGGACGGGCAAAGUUAGAUUUAGGAAAGCAAGAAACUCUUAGUGAGAUUUUAAAAGAGAAAACUGAACGUCUGAAGAAGUUGAAUAUAUCCUGUCAUUAUGCUCGUACCAAGGUUCAGUCAUUUAGUGACCAGCUUACAAAGGCUGUUCAGAAAAAAGCUAUGAAAACGCUGGAGGAUAUUGCAGUUUAUGAGAAGAAAGAAAUGGGAAAGGCCAUCGAUGCAAUUGAAAAGAUCAAUCAACUAAAUGCAAGGAAUGAUACGACUUGUACCAUCCCCCGCACUUCAGAAGACCUUUCGAUUUCGUUAGAAUGCGUAGAAAUUGGAGGAGGCGGGAUGCUUAGUAACGAUAUUGUGUUCGAACCCGACCGGCGUUUGUUUGAUCUCGUAUCUACGGCAACGAUCGGUCAACUCCGUCAGGUGGAUAAAAUGAACAUUAUCAAGAAUGCCUCAGACACGUCGCUUAAAUGUGUGUCAGAGAGCCGCCAGAGACGUUGCUGUCAAAGUCAUGAGCAGACAGGUGGCAUACACGUUUUACAAGACGUCCAUUUUCAUUCCUCCAGUUCCCUGUUACAAGAACGCUCGUGGUCAAACUCGUCCAGACAUUCUAGCAUUAGCAACAACUCUUUUUACAGCUCAACGCAGUCCUUGUAUGGAACCGCGGAAGAUAAAAUCAUCAAUUCCAUUCGCACGACUCAUGAUUGUUUUCCGCAAAGACAUGAGCAUUUUUCAAAGAAAUCUGCUUCGAAGACAUCAGAUGCCAUUUACAUUACAACGCGAGAAUUUCCUCAUUUGUCGCAAUUUGUAAGUUGCAAACAUCGAUCGCCAUGCGUGAUUCCGGACAUUGCAAUCGUGGAAGAUAUGCGUAUCGUUCUAUUGGAUCAUUAUCACAACAACGUUCAAAUGUUCAGUGAAAACUUUGAGUUCAUAGAAGAAGUUCACUGCGAGUUUCCUAUGGCAAUAUGUUCACUAGGCGCCGGGUUAGUAGCGGUCACGAAGCGUCGCGAUAGUAUGCUAGCUAUAUUUCAAACAUCUGAUCAUAAGAUCAGUUUCGUGAGGAAUCUUCCGGUGCCUUGCAAGUUUUACCUUUGGCAGGUGGCAUUCAAGCAAGAAAAACUAUUUGUCGUCUGCGAUGAAAAUAAUAUCCAUGUGAUGAACACAUCCGGUGUUGCGCUUAGUAAAAUAUCGUCUGGUGUUCCAACAGAACAUGGCUUCAUUCGAAAUUUUGAUGUAAGCGAUGACGCAACGCGUUUAUAUUUGUGCGAGCGUAGUGGUCUUCGAUGCAUAUCGGCUACUGGGGAAUUUAAAUGGCGGUUCUCGCAAACUGAUUUGCCAGAAUGGGACAGGAAUGCACAAGGGUUGGUGAUUGAAGAUAUUCGUUAUUUCAAUGGCUUUCUCUUUGGUUCUCUCUGGCAAGCCAGCAAGCUGAUUAUGCUGUCCGACGAUGGCCACUUGUUAUAUUACGUAGUUACAACUGGGCUAGACCACCCGCGAGCCAUUGCUGUCAGAGGAGACAGGCUUGUAGUAACGCAAUUUUCGCCUUCGAUAAGACCGGUUAAAAACCGAACCGUGCACGUGUUCAGCAUAGAGGACCUUUUUUCGUCUGACAGCAAAAACUGUGAUUAGAUAAACUUCGAAAUAUCAAUAUUGCAAAGACACAAUAACGCACAUACUGAUGUACCUGUAUAUUAAAAAUAAGACAAAUAGAGAUGCGUUUGAAUAGUUUUUUUUGCAAAGGCAUGACUUAUAGACCAUAUGUGACGAGUACGACAAAUAAUAUAUGUUCCCAAAAGUGUCUUCGUACAAUGAUGACAUGAAGUCAUGCAUUAAAUAUAGCUCUAAGAAACAUCAUCAUUAAGAUGAUCAAGAAAGUAUUGCCAGUUUGGUCCUGUUGUUUUUGAGUGAAAAUGUAGCAGUGUCGUAUUAUGAGUAGUGCAUAUCUAUUAUGAUGUUGUGAAAGACAUUUGGAAAAUAUCACCGAUUAUGUUAGAUUUCAUUUAGAAACCCCUUUACUGGUACAUAAUAUAUAUAAAAACACGAGUACGGAAAAUAUUUUGGAAUACAAACACAAAACCUAUGUACUGUAUAAAACAAACUUUUUGACUUUUUAAUUAACCUCGUAUCAAUCUGUCAGUCAAUUGUUACGUUAAUGUUAAUAGUGUUUAUGUCGUAUGUGCAUUUUUCGUUUAGGAGAGAUUUAUUGUGUAUUGUUUAUCACAGUUUAUCUGGGUAGGAAACUUGGCCGUUAAAAUGAUGUUUUACACGCGACGUUUAAAUCUCAGUAUUGAUCACAAUUUCUGAUAUGAUUGAGUUCUGUUGUAUACCUACUUGACAUGAGUGUACACAAUCUCUAAUACGGUAGACAACAGGGAUUUAAGCAUUGCAGUUAGGUACAUCGUGUUUCCUUACCACCCGAGUUAUAUAUUAAUAUGCAAUAGUCCGUGGAACUUUUGAGUUCCGAAAAAGGUAAUUACCAAACAAAACACGACAUUGUCAAUUGGAACGCGCAAUACAAAUCAUUUUUGCCAAUCCUCUUUUCAGUUGCAACAGGUCCGUGGAACAAUACUGAUUAACUUGCUGUGCAUCAUGACGUGUGUAAAUACUGUUCGAAUGAUUAAUUAUGCUUGCACAAAUACUUACAUUCUUCCUUCAUUGCUGCCGAUGGAUACAUGCAAUAAUAGAACAUUUUCACAUGACAUGAAAUUGCGUGGGAUUGCCAUAUUGGAACAUGUUUUCAAUUGACAUUAAAUAUAGUGGGUUUGCAAUUGUAUAACAUGUUUUCAGUUGACAUGAGAUAGUGUUUGAUUAUUGCAAUUGUAUAACAUAUUUUCAGUUUGCAUAAACUAGUACGUGUUUGCAAUUGUAGAACAUAUUUGCAGUUGAAAUUAAAAGAAGUGUUUUGAAUAUGUUAUUGUUAAUUCAGAGACUUGUGCAGCAAUAUUGGUCGGACGAAGUUCAUCUUAGAUAGACAAACAAAGAUGUGUACGGCAAUGCACUUGACUCGACUGUUGUAUAGAUUAGAUAAUUAACGCAAUCAACUUUAUUGUAGCAUAACCCGAGUGGCAAUUAAAGUUCAAACAAUUUAAGGAUUCGGGACUUCAGUUUUAUAUGUCAAAAAUUAGAAAAGUAUCGAUAAUACCCCAAGCGGAUGCAAUUGCAAAUAAUCAAAAUACUAUGGUAACAACAUGUUAACGAGUGUUGUUUUUUUUCAGAGGUGUGUGAAUUUCUAAUAUGCUUCAGAUAUAAGAGCUCGUAAAAUUAUACUUAUACUGGUUGCUUAUGGUCGAAACAGAUAAUGGACGUGUUAACUAGUAUGACUGAGCAAUGGAUGUAUGAAAUGAGCGUGAGAAAGAACACACGUGUACAUGUGAGCGAUUAAAUUGAAUAACAACACAACCAUGGCCUUUUGAAAUCCUGUCAAAGCCAUCCGUAAUCUGAAACAUUCCAACAACAUAUAACACUUUGAUGUUUAUUUUUUAUGGACACUUCGUAAGGGAAUUGUGUUUUAUACAAUUACUUUACAGUAUACAUUGUUUAUUUGCAGGGAUUAAGAUGUGAAAUACCGGUCAUAGACAAUUUUAAGGAUCGUGAUCUUUGCCAGCCACCCGAAAAUAAAUGUUAAAAUGAGUCCAGAAUGCAACACAGAAAUGUAUGUCAAAAGCAUUUGCAUUUAAGAGUUGUGACGUACAGUUGGUUUGUUAAAAAUUCUUAUUUUUGUGUUGUAACAUUACAGAUCUUGUAUUUAUUCAUUCUAAAUAUUUUGAAAUACGUUUUUUUUUUCUGUUUUGGUUGCUGUUUGUGGAUUAAAUAUAAUACCUCUUGGUAUCAAAU